AUGGCCGCGGAAGUAGACAGUAGGCCCAGGGGUCUCCCCGGCGGAGGCGCGAGGUUGGGCGCCGCCCGAGAACACGUGCAGGCGGUCACCCGAAACUACAUCACCCACCCCCGCGUCACCUACAGGACUGUGUGCAGUGUAAAUGGGCCCCUGGUGGUGCUGGACCAGGUCAAGUUUGCCCAGUAUGCUGAGAUUGUCAACUUCACCCUCCCCAACGGGACUCAGAGGAGUGGGCAAGUGCUCGAGGUGUCUGGGACCAAGGCAGUUGUGCAGGUGUUUGAAGGCACCUCUGGGAUCGAUGCCCAGAAGACCACCUGCGAAUUCACAGGGGACAUCCUGCGGACCCCAGUGUCGGAGGACAUGCUGGGUCGGGUUUUCAAUGGCUCAGGCAAACCCAUUGACAAGGGGCCAGUGGUCAUGGCCGAGGACUUCCUGGACAUCAACGGCCAGCCCAUCAACCCCCACGACCGCAUCUACCCCGAGGAGAUGAUCGAGACAGGCAUCUCGCCCAUCGACAUCAUGAACAGCAUUGCCCGUGGUCAGAAGAUCCCCAUCUUCUCAGCAGCCGGGCUCCCCCACAAUGAGAUUGCUGCCCAGAUCUGCCGCCAGGCUGGGCUGGUGAAGAAGUCCAAGGCCGUGCUGGACUAUCAUGAUGACAACUUUGCCAUUGUCUUUGCAGCCAUGGGGGUGAACAUGGAGACAGCCAGGUUCUUCAAGUCUGACUUCGAGCAGAAUGGCACCAUGGGCAACGUCUGCCUCUUCCUGAACUUGGCCAACGACCCCACGAUCGAGCGGAUCAUCACCCCACGCCUGGCACUGACCACGGCAGAGUUCCUCGCCUACCAGUGUGAGAAGCAUGUGCUGGUCAUACUGACGGACAUGAGUUCCUAUGCAGAGGCCUUGCGGGAGGUCUCAGCUGCCAGAGAGGAGGUGCCCGGGCGCCGAGGCUUCCCUGGGUACAUGUACACUGACUUGGCCACCAUCUAUGAGCGGGCGGGCCGCGUGGAGGGCCGGGGCGGAUCCAUCACUCAGAUCCCCAUCCUCACCAUGCCCAAUGACGAUAUCACCCACCCAAUCCCAGACCUGACGGGCUUCAUCACAGAGGGACAGAUCUACGUGGACAGACAGCUUCAUAACAGACAGAUCUACCCCCCCAUCAACGUCCUCCCUUCCCUGUCACGGCUGAUGAAGUCCGCCAUUGGGGAGGGAAUGACCAGAAAGGACCAUGGAGAUGUCUCCAACCAGCUGUACGCCUGCUACGCCAUCGGGAAGGACGUGCAGGCCAUGAAGGCAGUGGUGGGGGAGGAGGCGCUCACGUCCGAGGAUCUGCUCUACCUGGAAUUCCUGCAGAAGUUUGAGAAGAGCUUCAUCAACCAGGGGCCCUACGAGAAACGCUCGGUUUUCGAGUCUUUGGACCUGGGCUGGAAGCUGCUGCGCAUCUUCCCCAAGGAAAUGCUGAAGCGCAUCCCGCAGAACAUCAUCGAUGAGUUCUACUCCCGCGAGGGGGCGCCGCCGGACCCCGAACCCGACACUGCGCUGUAG